AUGUGAGUUUGUUUAGUCAUCAGUCACAUCUUACAACAGCUUCUUAGUCCUAUAAGACUCCACAAAUACAUGAUUAUCUCACUAAUUAAGCCAUUUAAGGAAAACAAUGGAAGAAGAUCUCUCUGUCAUUGAUGAACCAUACAAGUUCCUCAAGAUUGUCCUCAAUCCUGACGGUUCACUCACCCGAGAUGACCAAGUCCCCCGGGCGCAAGCCAUGCCUGAACUAGUAUCUGAAAUAGCCAACUCUCCAUCACAGAAACAGGUAGCACUCUCCAAAGACAUUCCCCUCAACACCACCAACCAAACAUUCCUACGCUUGUUCCGCCCUCUCAAUCACACUACGAAACUUCCUAUCAUUAUUGAUUUUCAUGGUGGUGGCUUCAUUCACUUUAGUGCCACUUCAGCUCGGUUUCAUGAUUUGUGGAACAUUGCGGCUGCUAUCACCCCUUCUUUAAUCAUAACCGUUGAGUAUCGUCUCGCCCCUGAACACCGCCUUCCUGCUGCUUAUGAUGAUGCCCUGGAGGCCAUCCUCUGGGUCCGUGAUCAAGCAAGAGGAUUUGAAGGGUGUGAUCCAUGGAUGAAAGAGCUAGCUGAUUAUUCAAACGUUCAUAUUAUGGGUACUAGUGCAGGUGGUAACAUUGCUUACCAUGCAGCUUUACGUGCUCUGGAUGUGGACAUCAAUCCGAUCCAGAUCAAAGGGCUGAUACUAAACCAGCCCUUUUUUGGUGGAGUUGAGCGAAGUCCAUCAGAAGAAAAGUUAUAUAAAAAUCCUUAUUUACCAGUGUCUGCUACUGAUCUACUGUGGCUGUUGUCAUUGCCACUUGGAAGUGAUCGUGAUCAUGAGUAUUGUAAUCCGUUGGAUGUUGUUAAUCCGAAGAUCAAAAGGCUACCGAGGUGUCUGAUAAGAGGGUUUGAAGGGGAUGCACUGGUGGAUAGAAUGAAGGCGUUGGCCAAGAUGUUGGAUGUGCAUGGGGUGAAGGUGGUGUCCAAGUUUGAAGAAGGAGGGUUUCAUGGUGCAGCUGAUCCAAGUUUGAUUCAGGAAUUGUUCUCCAAAGUCAAGGAUUUCAUUUACUCUUCUUGAUCACUUGUAUUAUGUCUACUUUGUUAUGUUUUUAAUAAGAGCAAAACCUUUGCUGGUAGCAUGAAAUGGAGAAUAAGUACAAGUUCAUAGCUUAUGAUUCUUGUUAAGCCACACUAGACUCUCUCAAUCCUCAGAUCGCCUUCUUAAAUUUCAUUUCAUCCUCGUUUAAAAAUUUAUUCCUUGCUACCAAACGAAACAUCAGUUUCCAACUUUAUGAAAAUUUAUUGAUAUCUGUACA